AGACUGCAAGAUGAUGCGACUGAGCAGCCGUCGGUGAACAGACCUAAAGCCUAAUUAGUCAAUCGUAGUCUAUAUUUUUUCUGCCUUGUUAAUUUUUCUUCCCAAAGUUGGUAUUGUUGUCAAAGGGGGACCGGUGAGUUGCAACGGUCUGGUCUGAUACACAAGAGGCAGCUGACGAGCAGUUACUCAAAGGAGUUGGGCGCCUAAUUGCACCGGAUGUCAUUGCACGCCCGUAAAAUUCUAGACCUGUAAACAAGAGCAAUGGCAGCAAUGGAGGUUGUUACACAUUUUAUAAACGACAGUGUAGAAUUUUACAAAUGGAGCCUUACUAUAGCAGACAAGAGGGUGGAGAACUGGCCUAUGAUGGGGUCCCCCUUUCCCACUUUGGCAAUUAGCUGCCUGUACCUGCUCUUCUUGUGGGCUGGCCCCAGAUUCAUGCAGGAUCGCCAGCCGUACACGCUCAGAAAGACCCUCAUAGUCUACAACUUCAGCAUGGUGGUCCUGAACUUCUAUAUCGCCAAAGAGCUCCUACUAGGUUCAAGAGCAGCCAAAUACAGCUACCUCUGUCAGCCUGUCAAUUACUCCAAUGAUGUCAAUGAAGUCAGGAUAGCCUCAGCUCUUUGGUGGUACUACAUUUCUAAAGGAGUGGAGUUUCUGGACACUGUAUUUUUCAUUUUGAGGAAAAAGUUCAACCAAGUAAGCUUUCUACAUGUCUACCAUCACUGCACUAUGUUCAUCUUGUGGUGGAUUGGCAUUAAAUGGGUCCCCGGAGGACAGGCCUUCUUUGGUGCAACCAUCAACUCGUCCAUCCAUGUCCUAAUGUACGGAUACUACGGCCUUGCAGCUUUGGGACCUCACAUGCAGAAGUACCUUUGGUGGAAAAAAUAUCUGACCAUUAUUCAGAUGAUCCAGUUUCACGUGACUAUUGGCCAUGCAGGGCACUCGCUGUAUACAGGCUGUCCAUUCCCAAACUGGAUGCAGUGGGCAUUGAUUGCCUAUGCUGUAACCUUCAUCAUCCUGUUUGCUAAUUUCUACUACCACGCUUACCGGGGCAAACCUUCACAUAGGGGAGGCAAGCAUGUGGCCAACGGCAACUCAGUGGUAACUAACGGUCACAGCAAAGUGGAAGAGAUGGAAGUGAAUGGGAAAAAGCAAAAGAAAGCAAGAACCAAACGGGAAUAAAUAUUAUGCUACAUGCUCCAUUUUAACAUCAAGGUAACAGAGGAGGGUGGGAAGAAGAGGAUAAUUUAACCUUAUAUCACGUCUGUACUUGUACGAUGUGGUCUGUGACCAACUUAAAGGGUGAGUGGUAGCAGUGUGUUUGUAAUGGUGUGAAUGGGAUCUGGAGGAGAGAUGCUGCGCUUGAUAACUUGAUUUUUAAUUCAAUGAAGGUAAAUGCUGAACUUGUAGGCAUGAUGCUGCUGUGUCCAACUCUGCUUUGGAUCAAAAUAGGACCAAAAGUUUCACCUGACACAUCAACCAAGCAUUCAAUGUUCAUCUACAUUUCAUAAACAGAUCAACUUGUCUCAACUUUAUUAAAUUUAUUUUUUAGUACACUGGAGUUUUAUGGCAUACUAUUUACCUUUUGGCAAAUGCUGUACCAAAGGGAUCUUUUUGUAACCCAAAUAUAAAAAAAUCUUCAAUGCUCACUGCCAUCAACUCUCUAAUAUAUUGAACAUACCACAUGUAAUUCAAUUUACAUAUCUUCAAUGUCAUGGACUGCUCUAUUUGACUUAAUUGUGCUGCAUUUACAUCUGCUUUUUUGUUUGUGUUUAUUUGUUAAGAAUUUUGCGGAAAAGAGAACUGUAGUCUCUUUUAGUACUUCUGUUAAAUUGGGGUUUGAUUGUAAUACUAUAAAAUGCUUCCUCAUCAUUUUGCUGUGCAUUGUAGCCGAACACUAUAAACUUACUCAAGUGUCUAAAUGCCAGUAAUGCCAGCAAAACGAGACCUAUCCCUCAUCAAGAUCUUGUAUAAAGGAAUUAGUUGUGUGUCAGAUGGAAGCACAGCUUCUCUCUACACAUGUGACACAAUAAAAACAAUGGCAGCACCCCACAA